ACAUUGUUGAACAUCAAACAUGUCUACCUUCGCUUUUGUGUUCCUCUGCAUCCAAGCUUGUUUGGUCCAGACCGUCUUCAGCCAAUGUCUUGGUGGAUAUCCAGGCUAUACUCAAGUUCCAGUAGCCGCUCCUUGCGGCUUCAGUGCUGGAGUUACUGAGUUCGCUUACCCCGGUGCUUACCCUGGUGCUUACCCUGGUGCGGUUAGCUUUGCUAAUGCCUACCCUGGAGCUUAUGGAGCAUCAGGCGUUGCUCCUUAUGGCGGUGCUGGUGAAGGCAACGUGGCGGUCGCUGGUGAGCUGCCAGUCGCUGGUACUACCGCCGUCGGUGGUCAGGUCCCCAUCAUGGGCGCUGUGAGCUUCGGUGGUGCUAUCCCAGCUGGUGGUGCAGUAUCUAUUAAUGGACAAUGCGCUUGUGGAUGUGGAUCUCCUUACGUCUAUUAAAUAGACAUUUUGUAAUAAGAUAAUAAAGUAAUGUUG